GAUAAUUUUAUCUGCAAGAAAAAGUCUGGCUGCUAGGUACGGAGACCUAUAAAACCUCCUUCUAAAUAAAAGACACCUACAAUCUUCACAUUUAUCUAUCAGAAUGCUUCCAAAUUGUGUUAGAACUGUUUGCACAAAAACCGUUUUGCCCAAAGUAAGUGGAUAUUGAUUUAUUUUAAACGACGUUUUCAGUGGAUUCCACAAGGUUAAAUUGAAGUCAUUUGGUACUGGAAAUAAUUCGGCAGAAACUUUGAAAUAUGGCUAAGCGUUUGACAAAUUUAGUAAAUAAAACGUUGGGCGCCUUUUCAAAGAACUUCGCUACAGAAGCUUCUUUUGAAACAAAACCUUACAGACUACAUAAAUUAGAUGAAUCUCCUGCUACAUCAGUAAGUUUAAAUAAAGAAGAUGCCAUCAAUUACUACACACAAAUGCACACCAUUAGAAGGAUGGAAACCGCAGCUGGUAACCUCUACAAAGACAAAAUCAUUAGAGGAUUCUGUCAUCUUUACUCUGGACAGGAAGCUGUAGCUGUAGGUAUCAAGGCUGCUCUUCGCCCAUACGAUGGUGUCAUCACUGCCUACAGAGCCCAUGGUUGGACCUACCUUAUGGGAGUCCCACCAGUAGGAGUUCUUUCCGAACUCUGUGGAAGGCAAAAGGGCUGCGCGAAGGGUAAAGGAGGCUCUAUGCACAUGUACACUGAAAACUUUUAUGGAGGAAACGGUAUCGUUGGAGCUCAGGUUCCUUUGGGAGUCGGAAUUGCUCUUGCCGCCCAAUACAAAGGCACAGAUGGAGUGUGCAUAGCACUGUACGGUGAUGGUGCUGCCAAUCAAGGCCAAGUAUUUGAGGUGUACAACAUGGCCAAACUUUGGAACAUUCCUUGCAUUUUCGUAUGUGAAAACAAUGGUUAUGGUAUGGGUACCAGUGCUGAAAGAGCUUCAGCAAGUACUACCUACUAUUCAAGGGGAGACUAUGUUCCUGGAAUCUGGGUAGAUGGUAUGGAUGUAUUGGCUGUAAGGGAAUGUUUCAGGUACGCAGUCAAUUAUGCAGGCAGUGGAAAGGGACCAUUGGUCAUUGAAGCAGCCACAUACAGGUACUCAGGACACUCCAUGUCCGAUCCAGGUACAAGUUACAGAACCAGGGAUGAAAUUCAGGAAGUAAGACAAACCAGGGAUCCUAUUACCUCUUUCAAGGAGAAAAUCAUCUCAUCAAACUUGGUCACACCUGAUGAAAUCAAGAAAAUCGACGGUGAAAUCCGAACCCAAGUCGAUGAAGCGACCAAACAAGCCAAAUCCGAUGCAGAACUUGGUCUCGACGAACUCCCAGCUGACAUCUAUGCCGUCAACUUGGAAGGCCAGAUCAGAAAUAUCGACCCCUGGACUGCUCUCACCCACAAAAGAAUAGGGCCAGCUGUUAAUUUGAAGUAAAGCGUUAUCGAAAUCUGCCAAUUAGGGAAAAAUAAGAAAUUUUAACGGAAUGUAGCUCAAUGAUUAUCAUAGCCGGAAAAAUGGUCGUUUUGUUAAAAAAUUGGUAAUGUUCAACUAAGUCAAGAACCUGCAGGUCACUGUGAUAAUACAAUUUCUAUGAUCUAUAUUUUUCUGUAAAACGGGUUAUUUCAUACACAAUUCAUCAUAAAAUAUUCGUAAGAUAAACACAUAUUUUUUAUUUUAGUAUAUUCAGUGAACUUACAUAUUUAUUAUUCACCUUCAAUCAUUAUUUGGUUUUAUCUUUUUUAUUUUUUUUAUCUUCAAUCAUUAAAAUGCUUUUAUAUAAUCAUAUAUUUAAAAUGAAUAUUUUAUUUGUAUUUCUUAUUGAUUUAAAUAUGUUUUAAUAUGAAAAAUAUCUACAAGUACCAAAAAAGUAUUGUUUGAUUUUUUUGGUAGAUUUAAAAAAUAUUUACAUAGUGAAGUACUUCAAUCGUUUUUAAUUGUAUUGCAAAAUGUGAUAACAUCUUUAGUCUUUUGACCUUUGUUUUUAAAUAAUUUCUGUUCGUUCUUGGCGCAAAAAUUUAGGCAUUUUUGAAGUACAUUGAACUCGACAUUAAUUUGGCAAUUAUUAAUAAUUAUAUAAUCUAAGAGACAUGCCUCUACAAAUUAUUAGGAGCUUUUCUUCUAAUUAUAUUGAAAAUAGGCUUCAAAAAUGUUGGUGCCAUCAUUCAUAGACUUAUUUUUACCAAUUUUUUAGCCAAAACUGGCACUAAGAAGAUUGUUAUUGUUAAUUUCCUUUCAAUUCCUUUGCACAUUUUGAAGACAUUUGCCCAAUAGUACGAAAAACGCGCUUAGCUACCAAAAACAUCAAUGAAAAUAAUAAAAUACUAUUUUUAUUCUGUCCCUGCAGUUACCACACCAUAUUACCAAGUGCUUCUUAAGAGUCAGACCGGGUUUUACAAGUUGGAGAAGACAUGAGGCAAUUUCGCUCCAAUCAUGAACCACUGCCUUGAGGUCAUCUUUUUUCUGAUUUUCUUCUAUUUUAAUACACUACAAUUCUCUUUACUUUCACCCCAACAGAAGUUUUUUAUUUUGUUACAUCGGCAGCCCAACGCGGUGCCAACCUUAUAAAUUCUAAGACAGUAGUUCUUUUAGUCCAUUUCUUUUUCUUUUAUCUAAAUUUUCUGUAAAUUUUGUAACAUACAUAUAAGAGGACUGUUGUUAUAUUGUAUAUCCUGUUAAAGCGUUUCGUUCUCUUUACUUUCACUCCAACAGAAGUUUUCUUUAUUGUUACAUAGCUGACACAUGCAGAUGUCUAGUAGUAGUAGUAUCUGAACUGUUGGACGUACGACCCUUUUAAAGAAACUGUUGCCGUACAUACAGCUACCGACAUCUAUGAGAAGCUCCUGACACUCAAUUUUAAUGCUGGCACUUAUAACCUUUCUUAGGACGACAAGCUGGGCCUUAGAACAUUCCUCCGUCAAUAACUGAAUGGCACCUUGAUUCUUUAUAAUUUCCACUGAAUUCUAAAAUAUUUUCUAUCUAUCAACAGUCAUUAAUGGCAUGCAAAGGACUUAAAAGGAAAGAAUCUAAAUAUUAUUUAUUGUAUUUGUUACUUAUUGUAUAGGUUCAAAAUUUUAAUGAUAUAGAUACUUUAUAAUUUUCUAUACAAUCCAAAUUCAUGAAGCGUUCAAUGGAUGGAUAAUUUAGACAAACUUGAAAAUAUAGUUCAAGGAUUGAUGUCAGAAGAAUAAUAUACUAAAUAAAACACAAAUAGUUUGAAAAUUAUUUGAACCUCUCCAAUACGCUAUGUUCCAUUUAAAAUGUUGUAUAAAACAAUCUCGUAUAUAUACAGUUUGUAACUGUCUUUAGGCCACGAAAAUUUUGUAGAAAACAUCAUUUUUCAUUUUUUAAACCAUCUAUUUUUCAACAGAUCAUACAAAAAAGUACUCAUUACAAAACUAAUAAGUACUUUUUUAAUCACAAUAUAUUACAAUCAUCAAUUUUCAUUGAUAUAUAAUGUACAUAAUAUAAAUAAAUUAUUAUUUACAAA